AUGGCAACUAACAGCACAGAACAGAUUGUUUCACAGCCGAAUGACCUUGAGCACCAGGACACACAACAGUCCAACACUCCACAAUUGGCUCAAACAUUAGUUGAUUUAAAUCAAACUAUGAGCCACAUGGCAAUGCUGCUAGGCGACUUAUGGCAAAAGUCUCAGGACACAAAUGUGCCACUUCAACAACCAGACGUUGAAGAAUCCCAGCACAGACGACGAGGCAAAAAGCGGUGCUCUAAAACGUCGUCCUCGUCUUCAGAAGCUAGCUCGGGUUCUGGAAAUGAGAGUCGGGGUCGUAAAUGCCGAAAGCGAAGGUCACAUAGCAAAACUCGGCUUGAAAAUAGGGGCGAAAUGACCAAUUAUGAGCAGGUAAAGUGAGCGUGCAUGUGCAAGACGAUGAUGAUAAUGUAUCAGCUUUACUUCAAGAUGGCGCCACAAAUGACAAAACAAAUUAAACGGAUGAAACCCUUACGAAUUUAGGGGAAAUGCUUGAAGAUGUUGAAGCUGCCGGCGAUGAUAUUACUGGCUACUAUAGCGGAAAACCGAUGGAAUAAAAAACUAGCACCUGAAAAGCUGACAUUAAUUCAAGAAAAAUACAAGCGACCCGCCAAUUGCACAACAGUAUGCUCACUAACAGUUAACCCAGAAAUCUGGGCAAAAUUGCCACACUAUCAACAACGGGCGGAUUUAAAUGUCUCGAAAAUACAAGUAUCGGUUCGGAAAGCUGCCCUUAUAUCUCUGCAAACAGCUCAUUCUUUGACUAAUACAAAGUCUAACGAGCUAGAUGUAAAACAGCUCUUAACACAGCGAGUUGAUUCAUUAGUUUUAUUCGGCCACAUAAGUUAUGAGUUGGCCUGCCUUCGCAGAUACAAAAUAAAAUCCGUUUUGAAACCAGAAUAUGCUUCAAUAUGUGUUGUUGAUGGCACGCAAAGUAAAUAUCUGUUUCGCGAUGAUUUACCCAAACGACUAAAAGACGCCAAAGAGGCGAGCAAUGUGGGGCUAGCUGUGAAUAUGAGCAAUUCAAGAAACAACUAUUGGGCGCCAAAGAGCUAUGACCAGCGAAAUUGGCGCCAAACACGUGGGGGGCAUAAUUACCAUGCUGGCACUUCACAGUCGGAUUUUUUCCACCAAGGAAAAUCGAACUACAAGGGGAAAAAGGUGCAAAAUACCAACCACCUUGCAAGAAAUAAUCGCUCACUUAAAGACAAUAAAUUCAUCUGUUUCUCCAGUAAGUAA